GAUUCUAGGUGAGAAGCCACAGAUGGCACACAGUGUGACAAGGAGGAAGUGGAUGUGCAGUGCGUGACGCUUGGAGAAGCGAAAGUCCAGCCCCAUGGGAGUAGGAGUCCAGCUCCUGACGGCCUCUGCCCUGCUGUCCUUUGUCCAGCUGCCUGGGGCAAGAUGUGAGGAGAAUUGUGUCAGUGCUGAGCCCUGCCUGACCACAGACUGGGUCCACCUCUGGUACAUAUGGCUGCUGGUGGUGAUCGGCCUGCUGCUGCUCCUGUGUGGCCUGCUGACAGCGUGCAUGCGUUGCUGCUGUCCCAGUCGCCAGCAAGCCGGGGAAGACAGGGGCCCGCCGCCCUUUGAGGUGACCGUGAUCUCUUUUGAUCACGACAGCACGCUGCAGAGCACGGUCACGUCCCUGCAGUCCGUGCUUGGUCCUGCAGCUCGGAGAAUCCUGGCCGUGGCUCACACCCACUGCCCCCUGGGCCAGCAGCCCCCCUCCGCUGACGUGCUCCCGGGCUAUGAAGAAGCCCUCCACAUGAGUCGCUUCACUGUGGCCAGGUGUGGGCAGAAAGCACCCGACCUACCGGCGGUGCCAGAGGAGCAGCAGCUGCCUGGUGUGUGGAAGGGGUGCCCCCAGAUGGAAAACACCCCAAACUGAUGGGCACGCUGACUUCCUCAGUGAGGGGGAGACACCCCAGAGUCUGUGGGGAUCCCCAGAAAAUCGGGACGCUUUGGUUGCCUACCGACAGAAGAUCUGGGGUGGCCUCUAAACAAUGUUCCAAGGAAAAGGUGGAUUCCAACUCUGAGUCUUCAUUCCCAGCCAUGUGGGAACAUGUUCUGACAUGGACUGCUCGGCUAGGGAACUCUCGGGCCGUCUCCAGUGUUCAGAAUUUGCAAUUCACUGCAAAUCCAUGGCAAUGAUCCUGAAACCAGAGUUCCUUCAACACAUUCCCUGACCCAGACAAAGCUGCAACUUCCUCUUCUCUCUGCCAGCUGAUGGAGCGUGAUGAGCUUGAGGCAAAGCAAGAUGGCACGAGCCUGGCCAUUUAAUGCACUGAACUUAUGUAAGAUUUCCUCCUGAGAGAACAGCCAGUUCUGUGCUUGAUGACAACGUCCUAUGGAUCGCCAUGGACUGGCCACUUGGAUAUCUAGAACUGAUAUGUGAGUGGCUGGUGUGGAAAAACAGGACACAGUGGAGUAUUGGGAUUUCUUUCAUUUUGGUCCUACCCACUAGCAAUAAGACACAAACACAUGGACAUAUAUAUAACAUACACACGGGAUGCUGUCACUAUUCUAAUUUGUCAGGUCCUCUGCCUUGAAAACACAGAUGUACAGACACAUGUGCAUGGAGUCACUCCCCCACUUUCAUUUUUUUAUUA